UUAAGUUUGUAAGAAUGGGGUGUAUAAGCUUAGAUAGGAUGAGAAGGAUAAGGAUAGGAUAAGGUAAGACCGCCAAGAAUGAUAGGGGGACAACCCCUACACAU